AUGAUUUGGGAGGGGAUGUCUCUUCUAGAGCAGGCAAAGGCAACCUGUUUUUGUCACAGACGUACGGUUCUGUUUUGCAUUCUUGUUUCUAUUUGGAUGAGAGUUUUCGCCGGGUUGGUACAGGGCCUCAUUCUUAUCCAAGGGUUUGGUUGCGGCAGAGGAGCGAACGAGAGGCCGCGACAGGCGGGGGUGGGAGGCGGCCGGGGCGAGACAAGAAUGAGAAGAGAGCGAGCGACAGAGGCGGCCGAGAACAAACUCGAAGCAAGCUGUUCCCAUGCAGAGAUGCGGUGGCGUUGCGCGAUUGUGAGGUGA